CGCCUAGGAUGCCUAGCAUGGCCCAUCACCGAGUUGCCUUAGCGCCAGCUUCAUGACCGGGCUCCAGACGCCUCCUCAAGACAUCAUCCGUGGCGUGCGCCCAGCACAGCGCGCCGUCAACGCGACGCUGCAGAGCGACGGCGUACGCCUCGUUUUGGACGCGGUCUCGGAGGACGAAGAGACAGACUUGCUCGCGCUCGUCGACGAGGGGCGCUGGGACCGCUCCUUGUCCAGACGCGUGCAGCACUACGGACACCGCUUCGCGUACAGCACAAAGACGUGCGUGCCCGUCGCUGAGCCCCCGCCCCCCGCGUUUAUUCGCCUCGCUGAGCGGAUCCGGCCCGUGUGCUGGGGCGCGGACGGCGGCCGCGACGGUGACCUCCAAUGCACGGUGAACGAGUACCUGCCCGGCCAGGGUAUCUCGCCUCAUAUCGACGCGCACGGUGCUUUCGGCGACGGCCUCGUGGCCGUGACGCUGGGCGCCGGAUGUGCGAUCCGGCUGCAGCGGAAUCGGCGGCACGAAGCGGGCGCGCCGAUCCACACGCUCUGGUUGCCGCCGCGGUCCGCGCUGGUCCUGUCGGGCGCCGCGCGCUACGUCUACACGCACGGCAUCGUGUCCCGCAAGGGGGAUCUCGUCGACGGCGAAUGGCGCCUUCGCGGCCGCCGCGUGUCACUGACGUUCCGGCGCCUCCCGCCACCGGGGCCGUGCGCGUGCAGCUUCCCCGAGUCGUGUGACGCGUCGGGGACUGCGCCCAAGCUCCUGCCGACGCGGCUCCGCGGCUCCGCGGGGGGCGCCGAGCCGCGCGGGUGCGACGCUAAAAAAACUGUUUGUGCUUCGAGAGUUAACAUUCCCGGAAGGGGCCGGACCCCGAUUAAAUCGGGGGCUGUAGCGCCGCCCCUUUAA